AUGCCGCAGGUAAUCCACGGCAGCAGGGCUAAGGCCCAGUCGGACCCCGUGCUGCCCGUCCAUCAGCCCACGACACCAAACGGCGACGCCCUUCACGACACUGCGACGGAUCGUCCAGGUCAGCAACCCCACACGCAAUCCGCCGACGUCAUCCCCAGCACGCGCAGCGUUUCCUUCUCUCAGAUCCGCCUUGGCGCAAGCUUGUUACGCGGGAGAAGCCAUGAAGAGACGGACAAAAAGGAGGCCAAGAAGGCAGGCCAGUAUGGCUCAACGACGAACGGCAUCGGGUCACCAAGACCAGCCGCGCCGUUGUCCACGCAGGGCAGCAACGACGGACACCGACGAGGCAGCAUUUUCCCCGGCCUGACCGCCAUCGACCCGGCGCCACGACAGAGCCUGUCCUAUGCGCUACGACCGCAGGCAGAGGCCUAUUACGACUCGCGAGCCGGCACGCGCAAGGAAUGGAAACGACGCGCGAGGACGCUGGAGGAAUACUACGAGGACAAUCCCGAUCUGCUACCGCAGCUGCCCUUUUCAUGGCACCAUGGCAACCGACGCUGGCGGCUCUGGUUCUUUGCCUUUGUGGCCUUUGUCGACGCCUCGGCCGUCCCGAUUGCUCUGUACUAUGGGAUGAGAUACGCGGGCAACGUGGAGAACUAUAUCAUCUUCAUCGUCGUCACGACCAUUUGGGGCGGCCCGGCGUACCUUGAGUUCGCCAUCCGGACUCUGCGGCUGAUGAAGAAGGAGAAUUUCUACCGACCGCUGGGGACUAAGAGCCGGUGGAGCGCCGAUGUUUUGACGUGGGCAUCGAGUGUGGCCAUUUUCGUCCUGACCGCCCUGUUCAUCAUUGGCAGUGCCCCGCAUGAAACCUGGCUGCGCGUCGUGGCCAUGGCGGCGCCCUCGAUCCUGUGGACGUAUGGAGGUGUCGUGGUAGCAGUGACGCUGCUGCACAAGUAUAAGGUCCCGGCACCCUUCCGCUUCAGUUCGACGCCGAAGGGUGGGGAGGUUCUCCCCUGCGUGUAUUACUUUAUCGAAGACACCCUUGCCGUCAACGGCGGAUGUGGCCGGCCCUACCGCGAGGCUAUAGCCGCCCGCUACCGCGCAUCCCCUCGAUUCCGCGAGCUCAUGCUCGAGAUGUCUUGGUUUUGGGGGAUUGGUGCCCUUGUCAUGGCCACGAUUCUGACUGUAAUUGCCGUCAUUCCUCCGGUGCCAGAGGACUGGGCCUAUGGCGUGUGUUGGACGGUCCCCUUCCUCUGGGGCGUUGCGUGGGGUGUCGCCACAAUCUACAUUGGCAAGGCUAGGAUGGUGCGGGAGAGACUCGAAUGGGAGACGGGACGGGUUCCUGGAAAGGACGUGGGGACCACGAGCCCGGUCGUGUCGCCCGUCAUGUCGCCCGUCAACUCCGGCGUUGCUUCCCCUCCUGUAUGA